CAAGACGACGGACAGCCUGGCGCAUCCGCCGUCACGUGCGCGCACGCCCCUAGCGCCGCUGCGCGCCAGAGAGAUGCACCGGCUGCCCAAGUGUUGGUCUAUCAGCCGGGAUUCAGCAGCGCUCAGCGGCCUUCUCUCACUCUCCAUCAACCGCCUCACUCAGCACGCCACACUCCAUUCUGCUGCGCCACGCCAGUCACCUCACGCAGUAGUCCACUUGCUAGCGUCUCGGCUCCACUUGGCUGCGCACGAGCCUCUCCUUUGUCGGUCGUGCGCGCGCCGACACCAUGGAGUCGCCGCUGCUCGACCCGGCCUUUGCCGACGACUCGCUCUCCGACACGCAGUCCAUCGGCUCGUCGCGCUCCAACACGCCGUCGCGGCGCCGCACGCGUGCCCGCUCCUCGCGCGCCACGACGCCCGGCGUGGGCGACUCGCUCGGCGACGAGCUCGGCGGCCUCAGCGGCGGCCACAGCCUGGGCGAUGAGCUGGGCGCACAGAGCUUGGGCGACGAGCUGGGCGCAUUCGCGGGACAGAGCCUAGGCGACGAGCUCAGCGGUGGGCAGAGUCUCGGCGAUGAGCUGGGCGGUGCCGCAACGCUCGGCAGCGACAUGCCCAGCGGCAGCCGGCAGCCCAGCGCGGCUCAUCUGGAGAACCAGAGCACCGCCUCGCCGCGCCGCUCGGCUCGCGGCGCAGAUGCCGGCUCAAUCCGACGGGCGUAUCGCGACAACCUCUCAGACGACGAGGCGUCGCAGACAGCAAGUCAUGCCGAGAGCGAGGCACUCGAUGCCGAGCAGGCAGAGCUCGACGAGGAAUACUACUCGCACGCAUCUGCGGCGCUCGAGACGUCGAUCGCAUCGACGAACCGCUUCUUGGCGUCGCUCAAGGGCAUCUCGUCGUCUGGCGGCGGAGCAGGCGCAUCGCGCAGAGACGACACGGCUGGCCUUGAAGCCGCAGCCGGCGCCGUCGUGCGGCUGCUGCGCGAGAACACGGCGGAGCGCGAGGCGCAGGUGCGCGAGCUGACGGACAUUGUGCGCGAGCUUGGGCGGGACCAUGCUCUGUGCGGCAUUGUAGACGACGAUUGGGUGGAGCGGGGAGCAGAGGAGGACCCGCUAGGCUUCGUUGGCAUGCGCGCCGGCGCGUCGUCUGCCUCGCUCGACCUCGUCGCAGAAGAGGAUGAUGGCUUGUCUACGUCCGACGUCGAGGCAGCAGAAGGCGCUGAGUUCGCGCCAGUGGGUCCACGCGCGCCGGCUGCCGAUCAGCUCGCACAUCUGCGUCUCGCAAGUGGCGCGCUCAUCGGCUCAUUGCAAGCGAUGCACGAGCACACACAAGUCGCACGAGCAGCCACUUCGGACGCAGCGCGCCGCCUGCGCGCGCUCAAGGGCGUGCUCGUCGCCUGGAAGACUGAGACGGAGGGCGUCGCUCGGAGCGAGGCGUGGAUCGAGGCCGACCGCCUCGCCAGCGCCAGCAGCAAGGACGACCCAGUGCGCAACGUCCAGGCCUGGACAGCCGGACAAGUGGAGCGAGCGCAGCGCGCCAUUGCUGAAGCCGGCGCACGUGCGCAAGUCCUGCUGCAGCCCGUGCGCUGCGAUGGCUUCGACCGCCUCGUCGCCGAGCUGCCCGACGGCGCGCUCGACAAGCUCGCCGGCCAGGCCAUUGCCAGCUCGUAGACGGCCCUCGUCACCAUCUCAAGAACACCGGUCCAUCAAGUCACAUGUCUCACCUUACACCAGGCACGCGUCACACUCACAGUG